GGAACGUGCUGUGUUGCAUGCGGCUUUUAUUCGGGAGGCCCUGGGGUUACCUGCUACCCAGCAGCUUCCUGAGGGUGUCUUGGAUGGCCUUCGUGAUUCUUUCCAGCGUCUUUGGUCGAUUCGUUGGGAGAAUGGUUUCAAGGAAGCGUUUUGGCGUCUUUCUAUUGAUGGGGUUCCCUUGCUGGGGAAUUCUCAUAUGUCUAGGGCUCGUCCGGAAUGUUGUGGUUGUGGGUCCGUUGUCUUGGGGGUGUCUCCGCGGUUGCAUUUUUUCUGGGCUUGUCCUGUUGCUCGUGCUGUGGUUGAGCAGCUUGAGGUCACGCUGGGUAUUGCGGUUCCUCGGGCUGCCUUGUGGUUGGCGUUGCCUCCUUCGGGCGUGCAGCAGUGCGUUUGGGAUGUUGUUGUUUUGGCUGCUUUGUCCGCUAUGGAGGAGGGUCGGCGGUUGUUACGGGCUCGUGUACGUGAGUCUGGUUCUGCGGGUGUUGUGCCUGGGCUUGCUGCUGUGGUGGCCCUGUCUGCUGUUUCCUGGUUCUGGGGUCAGCUUCGGGGUUUUGCUUGUUUGGGUGUUCCCCGUCGGGGAUGGGCUGGGGUUGGCCCUUCUCAUCCUUUCUUACGUAUUGUUGGCGGGCGGUUUUCUGUGGGCCGUUGAGCGUCCUGUUUUUUGGCCCUGAUGCCUUUGGGGUGG